AUGGCCUCUCACCGAAAAGCUCGUGCAACAGAAGGAUCGAGAGUGAAGGACAAGAUGCACAGGGCUGAGAAUGGCACAAAUGAAGCAGUCUUCCCUCCGAAUCUUUUCCCCAGGCCUCCCGAUCUUCGCACCCUUUUCGUGAAGGAGGCCAUGAGUAACACAACAAAUGACAAUCUGAACGCUUCGUGGAUAAGAGCUUGCAAAGAUCUGCAUAUCAUGUACGAUGAGACGAGAAAGCAUUACCUUGGAUAUACACGCGACGAGCUGGUCAAGAAGGCGAAGCUCCGAAACGACAACUCCUGGUUGAUACUCGAAAUCUUCAAGCGCUAUCUUGUUUGCUGGGACCAUGCCGUGGAGCAACCUGAGGAUGUGCAGCCAACACGGGCUGAGAUGGAAGCAUUUUUCGCGGAGGAAGAAGUCGAAAGGAACAGUACCACCCUCGUGGAUAUCUGCCACGCCUUCCCGUACGCAAGCAAUGUGCAAAUGCUCGUCUACCGCAUCGAGCGCUUCGCUACCCUCAAGCCUCAGCCAUCUGGAAAGACGGCAGCCGGCGCUGAUGAUCCCGUCGAGAGCAGAUACAAACGCAAUGCAGUGCCGAGUGAGGAUGAGUUCGCACACGUCAUCUCACACCAUCUUCUGAUGGAAAAGGCAUCCAUCCCGUUCCCCGAGCUCCUGCGGUACUGGUCCAACAGCGGUCCGGGCACCGACGAGAUCUACGCUGUCACGGAUGACACACUGAACAGCUACACACUUGAAGACGUUGCUUGGCGCUUUCCAAACCGUGUGUGGUCUCUUGACCAACUUCGCGACAUCAUGACAGGCGUUGCUUACUUCGACGAGAAUGAGCAGCGGUACUUUCCGCUGUAUGAACAGACUGAGGAUGUUGCUCGGGGCGAGGAAUGGCAAUUCAUGACAGCUGAGGAAAGCAUGCCCUACCGAAAUAGGAUGCGCAUUGCUGUCACCUGGGAUCCAGAGGCCAUUGACCAAGAGUAUACCUGGAAAGUGGAUGCAUAUCAGUAA